AGAACAAAGGUGAAGACAAGAAGAAAAACGAAAAAGGAAUAAAGAAUAUGAAGAAAGUUCAAGGAGGACGCGCGAUGGGCAAAGCUCCUGAAGCAAAGCAAAAUGAUGAUGGACCGAAGAGGAACGAGAGAUUUAAAUGCGAGGAGAAGAAAAAGUGCACAAAGUUAAGUGGCAAAUGUAAGAAAAAUAAGAAAAUUACUGAUGAAAACUGUAAGAACUUCGUGAAAAAAGGGUGCAAAAAUAAGCCGGACGCUCAAUGCACUUGCUGCUUAAAAAAUGAUAAGUGCAAGAGUAAAUACAUGAAGAAGAGAUGCACCAAAAAAGGAGGAAAGGCUAAGCUCAAAGAGAAAUGCAAGAAAGAUUCCAUAGACAAUGCUGUUCAUGGCGACCAGUGCACGUGCUGCCUGCCUUGCAAGACGACCAAAAAGUGCAAGAACAAGGAUGGCACAUGCAGCAAGACUUGCACGCAUGGAGUUUGGGAAGGCGUUAAUUGCAAAGGAAAAGGGUGCCAAUGUUGCAGGAAGAAGAAAGAUAAAGAUGUCACCGAAAGCCCAACGACAACAGCAGGAGGAACAACACCAGCAGGUGGAACAACGCCAGCAGGUGGAACAACACCAGCAGGUGGAACAACGCCAGCAGGUGGAACAACGCCAGCAGGUGGAACAACGCCAGCAGGUGGAACAACGCCAGCAGGUGGCACAACGCCAGCAGGUGGCACAACGCCAGCAGGUGGAACAACGCCAGCAGGUGGCACAACGCCAGCAGGUGGAACAACGCCAGCAGGUGGAACAACGCCAGCAGGGGGAACAACGCCAGCAGGUGGAACAACGCCAGCAGGUGGAACAACGCCAGCAGGUGGAACAACGCCAGCAGGUGGAACAACGCCAGCAGGUGGAACAACGCCAGCAGGUGGAACAACGCCAGCAGGUGGAACAACGCCAGCAGGUGGCACAACGCCAGCAGGUGGCACAACGCCAGCAGGUGGCACAACGCCAGCAGGUGGCACAACGCCAGCAGGUGGAACAACGCCAGCAGGUGGCACAACGCCAGCAGGUGGCACAACGCCAGCAGGUGGCACAACGCCAGCAGGUGGCACAACGCCAGCAGGUGGCACAACGCCAGCAGGGGGAACAACGCCAGCAGGUGGAACAACGCCAGCAGGUGGAACAACGCCAGCAGGUGGAACAACGCCAGCAGGUGGAACAACGCCAGCAGGUGGAACAACGCCAGCAGGUGGAACAACACCAGCAGGUGGAACAACGCCAGCAGGUGGAACAACGCCAGCAGGUGGAACAACGCCAGCAGGUGGAACAACGCCAGCAGGUGGAACAACUCCAGCAGGUGGAACAACUCCAGCAGGUGGAACAACUCCAGCAGGUGGAACAACGCCAGCAGGAGGAACGACACCGGCAGGAGGAACGACACCGGCAGGUGGGUCUACACCGGCAGGUGGAACAACUCCAGCAGGUGGAACAACACCAGCAGGUGGAACAACGCCAGCGGGUGGAACAACACCAGUAGGUGGAACAACUCCAGCAGGUGGAACAACUCCAGCAGGUGGAACAACUCCAGCAGGUGGAACAACGCCAGCAGGUGGAACAACUCCAGCAGGUGGAACAACGCCAGCAGGUGGAACAACGCCAGCAGGUGGAACAACUCCUGCAGGUGGAACAACUCCAGCAGGUGGAACAACUCCAGCAGGUGGAACAACUCCAGCAGGUGGAACAACGCCAGCAGGUGGAACAACUCCAGCAGGUGGAACAACUCCAGCAGGUGGAACGACACCAGCAGGAGGAACGACACCAGCAGCCUCAACUAGGUCUGUGUUAGACGAAGUUCAAGACUUGGCAAACGAAAUGAACAAUGCCGUAGCCGAUGCGGAAAAGGGCCGCCGCCGUCGUGAUCUUCGGCAAAAGAGGCAGGGAACCACCACUACCGUAAAUAUUGAAGUGAUCGUCAAAAUCAGCGUACAGAUUACGACCUGGAUGGUUGACAUCAAGAGAAUUACUGACAGCGAUAGAGAGUCCAUCCAGUCUACCACGAUGGCAGUUAAGCAAAUACGAAGAGAAAUUCAAGCAGGAAGUACACUUUCUGUGUCUGCCAUAAAGAUUAUCAAAACGACUACAAAGAAAUCGGUUCGCCUUGCUAGCAAGCUCAUUGAGGUUGUGGUAAGAGAGGAAAAACAGGAACAACUUUCAGUAAAGAAAGAGCUGAUAACAAAGGUUCAGCAGUCGGUCACCAGAAUCCAAGCAUCAAUGAGUACACUGCAACAAUCAUUAACACAGGCAGGAUCAGCCGUGGCAGGUAGUAUUACCACCAACGUGAAUGUUAUUGUAAAAAUAUCAGCAAUCUUGAAGGGCAUCAUAAAGUCUGGCCUUGGUGCCAUCACUAGCACUUCUGCAGCAUCUCUUACUAGUUUCGAGACAGAACUUCAGACACUUCUUUCUCAAGUUCAGAGCGGCACCGUCACCUUCACUUCUGAAGAAAUCACUCUUGUUGAGACAACACAAUCGGAAAUUACAACAGCAACUACGAAAAUUACAGCAGCACAGGAGAAGAAUAAGGCUAUGGAGUCUUCCCAAACACAAGCAGUUCUUCUUGACAGUUUAUCAACUGCCACAGCUAUUGUUAAGGAACAAAUUGAUCUACUAACAUCAGCUAUGAAUUCAGUCACUGAAGGAACAGCUUCUGUAUCAGUAACGAUAACAACGAGCCUUAUUACUUUAUUGAUUAAUCUACAAACAUCUAUUGAAUCUGUUACUGAAGAGCAGAUUCAGGAAAUCAAGGCAUUUGAAGAGGAAGCUACAACAAUCCUCAAAAACGAAGCCUUUACAAUAACAAAUUUCCCACAACUUGUAUCUGCAAACAGCAAGCUAGCUGCAACAGUGAAUACUAAAAUUGAAGAAACCCUCUCUCGUACUGCCAUUACUGAAUCUCUUGACAUAUUCUACGAGGUUUCAUUCUUCGUAUUUUCUCUAGUGGAAAUUGCAGAAGAAAUUCAGAGUAUAACUUCAUCCAGCACCUCUACACAGAGUAAUACAAUCAUUACCAACACUCUGACUUUCAUUCAAAAUAUCAAAAUAAAUAGCCUAACUACAGAAGAUGUGACCAAGCUAGUAAGUUUAUAUGAUGAUAUAAAUACACUCGUCGACUCGGUAGAUUCGUCAGUUGGGUUUACUGGUAUUGAUGAUAUUAUCGAGGAGGGAAGUCAAAUAGACAUCAAGUUGCUUGAAAAGAUACAUGAAUAUGAAUCCAAAGAGGAAACUAUUACAGCUUUCACUCUGUUUGAGAAAAUGAGUACGAUUGCCUCUUCCACAGAGAAAGCUACAUCGCUUUUAAAGAGCAAAGUUUCAAGUAGCUCAAGCUCAGUAAUAGAUGCAUCUCUGGAGGCUGUGAUCCAGGAUCUGCAAGUGCUCAUGGAAAAGUUCUCCUCAAAGACAUAUGCACCAAACGAUGAAGACAUAUUACAAGCAGAAACAACUCUUGCAAUGUUUGAAAGUAAGAUAGAAUCAAUAUCAGUAAUUAAGAGCAGUGCUACCCUGGAUAGACUGAUUACCACAACAAAGAAAGCUGUUACAACUACAGUAAAAUCAUUGAACACACUGCAAGAAUCUGCCAAGAACAAGGAGAAGAUUGAGAUCCUCUUAGGAGCAGAAUACAUAAUCAGUGAAAUCUAUUUUGUCAUGCAAGGUCUAAGUUCAGGAAUAGAAGAAGGGGAUGUUUUAGAAUCUAAUAUCUUCAUCGAAGACAUUCAGGCAGAACUUAAUAGGUGGAGUACAGGUAUUUCCAACAUCAAAUUAUCUUCAAUCUCCAUAAUGGAAAGUUUACUUGAAACCAUCUCUGAUUUAUCAGGUGCCUAUUCUGGCAUUGACACUCUACUCCAAACUUUGACAUCAGUGCAGACUAGACUAGAUGAACAAAUUACGAUUAUUGAGGAGGCUGACGUAAAUGGCGACUUAACGGUGAGAAUAUAUAAUGCAUUUGAUAUAAUAGUUUAUGUCACUGAUCUUUUGAAAGAACUGAAUCAACUAACUGCAGAAGGUACAGUGUUAACUGAAUUAUCUGCUGUUAGCGACAUAGUUACCACUAUAACUUCCCUAAGCAAAAGGAUGACAAACAUAUCCUCUGAAGACAUGGAAACUCUUGAAGCCAAUUUGAUGACUUUGGAAGAAUACAUUCUAGAUUUUGAAGAAGGUAGUAACAUACAAAUUGCAAAUUUGGUUCAGGCUAUUGCAGAGGUUAGUCGUGUGGAACAAGCAUUUAUGAAAGAAGUGAAUAAAAUUGAACUGUCCUUCAGCAAACUAAGUAUAUAUCAGACCAUUCAGAUAACUAUUACAGAAAUAAACUCCUAUCUGCAGGAGUUGUUUGAUAUAAACUCUGGAGUGGAGGAGGGUUCGGAUGUACAGAAGAAUGUUGUCCUUGAUGAAUAUUAUGAGAUUAUCUCAUUCUUGAUUGGCAAAGCAAGCUCAAUAACAGAAGCUGACAUCGAUACACUUAAUGUAUUCUUGGAGGAAAUAAGUAGUCUUGCAGUUGAAGCUGAUGGUACGUUCAGCAUCAGUGGCUAUACAUACAGCAUCCAACAGAUUUCCCAGCAAGUUGCCGUGUUUACACAAAAGGUUGAUGAAACUAUUGAAACAGAGCAAGAGCAACAAAAUCUUGUCCAGAAUCUUAUAUUUGGAGAUGAUUUAUUAUCUAUUCUUAUUCGAAUCUUCUUUGCCUUCGAAAGUAUGGCACUGAUGACCACAGUUUCAACUACGACACAAUUCAACACAGAGAACUUUGUGGCAGCCAUGGCCCAAAUUAGGAACGAUAUUUCGUCAGUGAAUAUUCAAGAUAUUGAUACAUUUGCCUUCCAACUUGAGAAUAUUAUUGCAGCAAACGAAAGGCUCGAAAACUUUGAAGAGCUUGAACUUGUCACUACACAAGCUGAAGAAUCUGUGCAAACUUAUUUAUCUGAGUCCAGAGAAAUUUACGAAAUAACAAUUAACAUUCGUCAUGCAAGUGCUGUUAUUGAAGCAGUAGAUACAUUGCUUGUUGACUCGAUGACAUUCAUUCAAAAUGUUGAUGCAUCUAAGCUUAUUGGAGAAAAUGAUCCCGAUGUUGAUUUCUUAAUUGACUUUUUCAAACGCAUAUCUGCAAAUGUAGACUCAGUUACAGAAGAGGACAUAUUUGAAGCCACAGAAAUUUUCUUGAUAAUACAGGCAACACUCGAUAUGCUUGGUCCAGAUGAAGGAAUUGGAAAUCUUGUAGACUGUAUGGCUGCUGGUCAGGAGGCCAUUGAUAGUGCUAAUAGACGUCUUUACGAGCAGCAGGAUAGAUUUUUGCUGAUUGAGGAAUUAGGUUCCUUUGAACUUAUUCUUAAUGUUGUAGCACAAAUCACCUAUGACGUAGUGGAAAUUAUUUCAAUGAUUGGAACAACAACUUCAGUAGGGGAGGAAAAUGAGCUGGUCACUUCCAUUGUCAUUCUAUUGGAAAGUCUUUCUAGUUCGCCGUCGUCAACCAUAGAUAUUGCACUACUUGAGAGCAUGUCGGAGGACUUAGAAGUGCUGAAAAGUUCUGUCACAGCUGGAGUAGAAAUCCCUAGUAUAUUCUAUUUGCAGUCUUUAUCACAGAAAACUAUGUCUGUUAUGCAAUCUGAGAUCCAGUUUCGUGUGUCAGCUCAAGAGGCACAGAGUCAAAUUGAUCAGUUAACUAAAUCUGUCACAUCUCUCAACAAAAUUGAGGAAGAACUGUCAUUUGCUUUAGAAUUCUUCGGCAGUAUAGAACAAUCUGAACCUACUGCUAUGCCGUUUGUUAUUGAAGACUUGAACUAUGUUCUAAAUACUAUUCUCUUUGGGGAACUUACUGCAGAUUUAGUUGGGGAUCUUGGACUUUUCGAGGAAGAAAUAUUUUUCCUCUAUGAUGAAGAUGAAGUUGAUGUUAGUAUGAUUGCUAAUACCUUAGAAACACUUACAUCUGUCAAGAGAGGUAUAGAAACAUCUCUGAAAGAUAAUAGACGUAUUUCUGAGGAACGCAGUAUUUCGAGCAGACUUAACAAAGCCAAGGAAAUCGUCUCAGAGAUGGAAGAGAUUUUCGAUACUUUUGUAUCAGAAAUUGGAAAUGCAAAUGAGGAAAUCGAAAUUGCAGAAAUUACAGAUGUAACCAAUAUCUUCAUUGAUAUUAACGGAGGUGUUACUAUUUCCCUGGAUAUUGUUAUAAGACUAGAAGAAAUAUUGAUGUUCCUGAAGAAUACAACAGUCAGUACUGGAAUGGGAAUAAUCGGCCUAGAGGAUGCAAGAACACUUGUUGUUCUUGUGCAAGAAACCGUGGAAAGGGAAAUUUCACACAUUCAGAUAUCAAUUGAUCGUACUGCAAAGACUGUCACAUUUAACAAAGGAGUUUCUCUUCUACAAAGAAUAAUUCAUACUGCUUCCGAGUUAAGUAUCGGGUAUGAACUUGCUACAUCAGUAGAAAAGGAUGAAACUGUUGAUGAGCUCAUUGUUUUCCUUGAAAGUUUAUCCAUUGAAGCUCUAACCAUGGAACAGAUCAUAAUACUUCAAGAGAGUACCUUAAUGUUUGAAGCAUUAAGCGAUACUGGAACUGGCAUUGCAGAUCUUAGAAAGUUACAGUCAACUGCCUCCGUCAGACUUGAAGAAGCUACAAACAGCAAAAAUGUGCUUUCAGGUCUGAGUGAGGAAACUGAAUCUCUGAAGGCACUGGAUAGAACAGAAGCAGUACUUCUGAAGAUACAAGAGACUCUGUUGAAUAUAUCUGCAAACACCAAUGAAAAUAAUAUACCAGAUGACAAAAUGACAGAACUGAGUGACAUACUUAUGAUGGAUAUUAUGAUGCUUACUGAAUCUGUCAUACGAUUAGAAGAAAUUUAUAAAAACAUAGAAAUAAUAGGAGCUAUCUUUGUUGGAAACCUUGGGGUAAUUAAGGAAAUCCUUAGUUCCAUUACAUUCGCUGUAACUAGUAUUUCUAUUGAGAGAGUUCAAUUAGAAUCUCGAAUUGAGAGACUGGCAGUAACGGAAACUCUGCUGGAGGCUCAAAGUCUGUUUAUAAAAAUCUCUGACGUCCUAGAGAAUAUUACUACUGAAAUUGGUGUUGAAACACAAGAGAGUGAAGAAAAUGAGAUAAUUAGAAUGUUUGGCGAAGAGUUGUCCAUCUUGAGUUUUAGUGUUGUAGGUAUGAGAAGAGAUACACUUUUGUUCUUUGCAGAUGUUCUUCAGGAACUUGAGAUGAUACUGAUGAGUAAAACUAAUGUUAAAGGCAUUAUGAAGGCCAUGGAUGAUCUCAGAGUUGUUUCAACUAAGGUUACCCUUGAAAUUGAGGCUUCCCAGGCAGAACAGCGAAGAGAAGUAUCACUUAUGAUUAACAGAAGAGCAGAAGAAAGUGUUGUCAGUGCUCUGGAUCUGUUUACUGACCUUUCAGACUUUGUUGGGAUACCCGAGUUUGAUGCAGACCCAAUUGAAAUUUUGGAAGUAGAGAGAAUUCUAAGGAUUCUUUCCAUAAUUGAAAAUGGUCAAGCUUCUGAAGAUGAUCUCGACCAACUCGAUAGAUAUUUGAUGUCAUUAGACCUCAAGGUUGGAACAUUUGAAAAUGGAAUGAUGAUAAGGAAUCUAAUGGAGGUGAUAAUGACCAUUCAGGAUUUAAAAGAAUCAUUAAUGGUCAGAACUAUAGAUAGUGCUUUUGAUGUAGAAUACUCACAAAAUAUCUUUACUCAGAAGCAGAUCCAGGCAUUACUAUCAAGGGUAAUCAUUCAACUGGACAUUCUACUUAAAGCAGGAAAUGGCAUCCCUGUUGCUCUCUUUGAAAGUCUCUCGAUGCUGAUAGAAAAAGCUGGUUCAGAAGACUCCUCAGCAUUUGUAACAUUCUUCGAGAUGUCUGUUAUGGAACUCAUGGAACUCAAUGUAACAAACAUUGAUGACACGAAUGUCAUGGCAGGGUUUAAUCUUCUCCAGAGAGCCAGAUCAGUUGAAUUUUCUUUGUCUAAGGAGAUUUCAAGGUCACAUGUAAUUGAGACUACUACAACAAAAGUGUUCUUGCUUGAAGAAUCUCUGUCUCUACUGGAAGAGAUGAUGAGAUCAGUAGAACGAGUUAAAAACAACAUGAAUCCUGACGCAACACCAGUAAAUAUCCUUGCACUUGGGGAAAUUAUCCUCUUCAUGCAAAAUACAGUUGAAUAUACUGCAGGUGAAAUUACUCUCUUGCGCGACUAUGAACAUAUCCUCAUGCUACUUGAAGAAGAGGCGGGUGACAUGUUCGUUGAAGGCGUGGACGAACUCGUGUUUGAACUGAAAUACCAGGUGUCACAUGUCUCUAUGACACUGAUGAAAGUUCAGCGUACACAGAUGUUGGAGAAACAAAUAAUUUACACAUCUGCUGGUAAUGAAGUAAUGGCAGAAGCUUAUAACAAAAUAUCAACAUUUGGCAGACCCAUGCCUGGGAAAAUUAUCGAGGUUAAUGAGGUGACCAGCUUCAGUCUAAUGUUAAAUACAUUUGAUCUGACUUCCAUUACUCCUGUUGAAAUUCAUCAUAUCCAUACCAGGUUUGAAAUCCUCUUGGAAAUUAUUGCAUUUGAGACUUCAGAGAUUGCUUACUUAUCAAGGAUUAUCAACCAGCUUGCACUUCUUACCUAUAAAGCAUCACAACAUCUGCAUUUCCAAGAAAGUGUAGAAAAUAUCCGCACAGUGUCAGGUGCAUUUGAAUCAUCCCGCGCGGCAAUAACCACGACAUCAGCAACACUUUUUGCUCUUCAAGAAGAAGUAGGAGCAGUGACCACUUACGAAACCAAUGAUAUGAUAACACAACUUUAUGAGUAUCUUCUUUUCUUGACGUUUGACUGGCGUUUGAUCCCGGCUGACUUUAGUGAAGUAGUAGAAUCAUUUGGUAUUUCCGAUAUUACCGUAACUUCUGGAACCAGUUUUACCUACUUGAAAGAGACAAUUGAUCUUUUAGAGUUAUAUUCCCAUGUCGAUAGGCAGACAAAAGAAACUCUCCGUAUCAGUGAAUCGAUACUGCAAGCUAAGGAAGUCCAAUCAUCUGUGUCGCUCUUUAUGAGAUCUGUUGAAGACUAUCUCUAUGGUUAUAUGAACGAAGACUUUGAAGAUGAUAAUCCUGAUGAUGGUGGUGUUGGUGGAGAUGGUGAAAAUGAUGAAGGAGGUGAUGGUGUUGAUGAAGAUUCUGAAGAUAGUGAUGGUGAUGUUGGAGAUGAUGUUGAUGAUGCUGAAGAUAAUGGUAAUGAUGGAGAUGAUGGUGUUACUGGAGAUGAAGGUCUUGAUGUAGAUGAAGGUGAUAGUAAUGAUGGUGAAGAUGAUGUAGGUGAUGGUGGAGAUGGUGGAGAGGAAGAUGGAAAUGAAAAUGAUAUGGAUAAUUAUGAAGAAGUUAAGUAUGUCGAAGAUGCAAUCAUAUCAUUCAACAUAAUUAUUGAUAUAAUAACGAGGUGGUCCGAGGGUGAUAUCAACUUCCGUGGACAUGACGCCAUGAAAAUAAAGGAACUUGUAUCUAUGUUCGUUAAAGGCAACACUAACAUUGUAUUUAGCAAGUUCCAGAGGCAACUCCUUAUUGAGUCUAUGGCCAUUAUCACUUCAACCGUAGCAAAUAUAAACAAGCGUGUUCAAGCUAUGGAAUCAUCAGCAUCUUUCCAAAUUUCGUAUUCCAGGCUUGAGGAAAUCAACAAUAUCUUCAUGUCUAUCGAGGACAUUUUCUUUAUUAUCAGAGAAAGCGAGAAAAUUACUGUCGAAACUGAGCACGUGCUUGGAAGUUUGAAUGAGUGGCUCAUGCAAUUCACUGGUGUUCAUUCCAUCAAGGACGAGGAUAUUUCUGUCCUCAGAACUUAUGCUUUCGAUUUAAGUGCUCUCAGUACCAAUAAGUCUGGAGAUAUGAAUGCCCGACAUUACUACUGUUUCUUCUGAGCUAGACAUGGCGAAGGAAACGGUCAGGAGUGCAAUUUCACGGCAAUCAUCCCUUGUAGUUGAAAAUGAAUUUAAAGACAGCUUGAUGUCUUCACAAAUACAAGAGGCAAGGCAAGUGUCACAGAAGGACUAUAUUCUCCAAGA